AUGCGACUUCUUAGCUUCAACGGCAAUCGCCUGGUGUGCACAAAAGAUCUCAUCAACGAACCUCCACCAUAUGCGAUUCUCUCCCAUACCUGGGGUGGCGAUGAUGAUGAAGUCACAUUCAGCGAUAUUACUGCCGGCAAAGGCUCUGCUAAGCCUGGCACAGAGCUUCAAAGGGAGAUCAACUCCAUGUUCCGACUCUACAAAAACGCUGCCAAAUGUUACGUAUAUCUGUCUGAUGUAACAAAACACGGAGACAACAACCAGGUUGAUGCCUCACCUGCACCGAGUUGGGAGUCUUCCUUUCGCAAAAGUCGGUGGUUCACUCGGGGUUGGACUUUACAAGAACUCUUAGCCCCCGCGACAGUGGAAUUUUAUUCUUCUGAAUGCGCGCAUCUCGGAAGCAAAGAGUCAUUAGAGAGAGGAAUUCACGAGAUUACUGGAAUUCCAAUCGAUGUGCUUCGAGGACGCCGGCUGUCUGAGAUUAGUAUCGACAAGCGGAUGGCGUGGUCAGAAAGACGUUCCACAACUUAUCCCGAAGACAAGGCCUACUCCCUCUUGGGCAUAUUUGGUGUCUAUAUACCGCUCAUAUAUGGAGAAGGGCAGGAUAAUGCGUUUGCACGUCUGCGGCGUGCAAUUAACGAGCAAGCGGGUUCGGGAAAGACAAUCAUGACCUCCAAGGUUAUUGAGCACCUCGAGAGCACCCAUGAUAGUAUGCUUGCAUAUUAUUACUUUUCGUUUCGGAACAAGGAUUCUCAAAGUCUUCGCAGUAUGAAAUGUGCCCUCUUGGUACAGAUUCUAAAGAGGCUUUGUAUUCCCCAUCCCGAUAACGAGAACAAGUUCUUCAUCCCUCAAGCAUUUCGAAGCCUUUAUGACGUUCAUUUUCCAUCCAAGACCCCUCCAAUGGAAGAAUUAGACUCUCUAUUAAUAGAGAUCAUAAAUCUAUCAGAGGAAACGUUUCUUAUAAUCGAUGCGCUAGAUGAAUGCGACUCAGACUUUGUUAGAGGUGAAGCUAUCAAUUUCUUGGCCAGCUUGUUCAGAAACGUCAAAUCGAAGCUUCACAUUGUUAUCACAAGUCGCCUAGAGGUCGAUAUCGAGACAAAAAUAUCACAGGCAUCUAUUCCGACGAGUUCGGUGGCUCUCCACGCUACAGAUGUCGACCGGGACAUACGCAAACAUUUACGAGCCUUGAUGAGAGAAGAGGAUUCGUUCAAAGCUUGGUCUCAUGCUCUCAAGAAAAGGGUAAUAGAACACCUUGUCCAGAAUGCUGACGGCGUCUUCCGCUGGGCAGAUCUCCAAAUACAGGGACUGAGGGGCAAAACGCGAGAGAUUGACGUCAACCGAGCCUUGAAGCGACUUCCUCGUGGCUUGGGCGAAACCUAUAGCCGCAUUCUUCAGCGCAUUGAUCUGAACAACUACAAACUGGAGGCCAUGGCUGUUCUCAGAUGGCUCGCAUGUUCAACGAGACCUCUGAAUCUCGCCGAGAUUGCAGAGCUUGCCGUUUUUGAGGUGGAAGAAAGUGAUGAAGCGAACCUUUUGCCUUCUUCUAGCGAGUAUGAGAUAUCUUGCGUAUAUCAAAAUCGGUUUGGCUCGGCUUUGGAAGUCUUGAACAUUCUUUCCGGGCUCGUCACAAGCACACAGCUAUCCGACAAGGAUCCCCAGCCGCGCAACAGCAUCGUCUCAUUCUCUCAUUUCUCAGUUAAAGAAUAUCUGCAAUCAAGCCAGGUCUCGCCUACGUACUUCAAGUUGAUAUUGAGCGAAUGUCAUUGGUUUGUAUUAAAAAGCAGUUUCGCUUACAUGCGGGCCUUUGACGUUGCAGCAAGAGAGAAUCAGGAAUUGAGAAAUUGCCCCCUUCUUCUCUAUGCGUGCUUUUCAAUAUGGGAACACGCUAAAGAGCCUGAAGUCUUUUUCGCCAAGGGCGAUCAUGGCGAGAGCCUGCUUGCUUCGUUCAUUGCCACUUACCUUCAAGAGUACGGGUAUGCCAUUGCGGUAGCUCUUGAACGUGCAUUCCUAAAUUCACAACGGAUUUCAGAGGAUGUUUCGCAGUUUAUUCGCCAGUUUAUCGAUAUGGGGGCUCAGAGUUCGUCGACAUGCUCUCAAAUUUACUCAGCAGUUGCUUUUGCAGAUUGUAACCUCAUCAAUUUGCUCCUCAGUUGCAAUCUAGAUGCUCCAUAUGACAUUCUACUGAGAGCAACUCUAGACUUCAACCAGCCAACAGACAUUCAAGUCAAAAAGUCCACAGUAGCGGUUGAUUCGGAUAAAAGUCUUCAAUUCUCUCCCGUGUCUGGCAUUGUACAAACUGUCGUUGACAAAAUGACCAGCCAGGUCUCUGUUCUGGAAACUGGCUCUCAAAGGCCACUAUCAGCCCGAACGAAUACAGAAAAUCGCAUCGCUGUAUGGAAAAUACUCCAAGCAGAACCUCGGGUUCAAUUAAACGCCAAAGACCGUGACGGGAAGACACCGCUGCUCCUGGCAGCGGUACACGGCGAUGAAGACUUUUUUAGGUAUUUGUUUGCGCAAGAUGGCAUUGAGACAGAUAUACAAGAAAGUCAUGGAUGGGACCUUCUAACCUGUGCCCUAUUGGGUAAAAACACUACCAUCAUUAAGAUGAUACUUGAACGGGGUAACUUUGAUCUCGACCACAUGGAUCUCUAUGGCCGAACGAAUUUCGAAUGGAGCACCCAUUUAGGGUUACACGCGGUUCUAGCAUCUGCAUCAAUGAUGCCAGAGAUCUCUCGCCAAACCUCCGAGAUGCGCCAGAUUCCAUUCACCGUCGUCAAAGAAAUAGCUACCGAUGGAGAAGUGUGGGCGUGCAUCUUCUCACAAGACGGCUCACGACUAGCUCUUUGCCUUUCCUCCAAUAAAGCUCUGAUCUUUGACCUUCAAAAAGACGAAUUACAAAGCACCUUGGGCCACGAAAAGCCCGUUACCAAAGCGUCCUGGAGUCCGGAUGACUCGUUGAUUGUGACCCUCAGCCUCGACGAGCUGCUCAUCUUCCGAGUUGCGGCUGCGGAACUAGCAACCAAAAUCUCUUUGUCGGAGCGUCCGUCUUGGAUUUCUAUCAGCGACGGCCUCAGCCUCAUUCUUAUGGGAUACGUUAACGGCGGGUUCGAUAUUCGGCUUCUCCCGAGCGGUGAAGUCAUUCAGCGACGUCCUGGUAUAAGCAACACUGAUUAUCUUUUGCAAGGAUCCGUAGGUGGAGAAAAUGAUGCAUUUCUCUUGAGAGCCGAAGAAAGUAAGUCCCCAUCCGGCGAUUCUUCUUACUGCGAAGAAAAUCUCACAGAACAAAUAGACGGUUAUAUAAGCAUUUGGGAUCUCAAUUCGGGAACUCUUGCAGGGCUCGAACACGGCCACUAUCCUGAGCGAACAAACUUUGCCGCAUGGAGUCCGGUCGACCCUUGUGUCAUUGCAUCUGGCGGAGAUGAUUACAGAUGCAGGAUGUGA